CGGCCACUCCCUGCUCGCCGAGCGGGGCUCCGGUGGCGUCUGGGCUCUCGCGUCCUGCCCGCCGCGCCAAAGCCUCGCCCCAGACAACGCCCCCAAAGCUGAUCGGCCGCGGGCUUCCUCCAGCCAGGCCUCGCGCGGGUCCUGGGUGAGCCCCGGCAGCCCUCUCCUGCGUGACUUCCCUCGGCAGGGCGGCCCCGCGCCUCCGGGACCAUGCUGCGCUGGCUUCGGGGCUUCGUGCUGCCCACGGCGGCCUGCCAGAGCGCGGAACCGCCGACGCGCUACGAGACGCUCUUCCAGGCGCUGGACCGCAACGGGGACGGCGUGGUGGACAUCGGCGAGCUGCAGGAGGGGCUCCGGAGCCUGGGCAUCCCCCUGGGCCGGGACGCCGAGGAGAAAAUAUUUACUACCGGAGAUAUCAACAAGGAUGGGAAGCUGGAUUUUGAAGAAUUUAUGAAGUACCUUAAAGACCAUGAGUUAAAAAUGAAACUGGCAUUUAAGAGUUUGGACAGAAAUAAUGAUGGAAAAAUUGAGGCUUCAGAAAUUGUUCAGUCUCUCCAGACACUGGGUCUAACUAUUUCUGAACAACAAGCAGAGCUGAUUCUUCAAAGCAUUGAUGCUGAUGGGACAAUGACAGUGGACUGGAAUGAAUGGAGGGACUACUUCUUAUUUAAUCCUGUUACAGACAUUGAGGAAAUUAUCCGUUUCUGGAAACAUUCUACUGGAAUUGACAUAGGGGAUAGUUUAACCAUUCCGGAUGAAUUCACAGAAGAUGAAAAAAAGUCCGGGCAGUGGUGGAGGCAGCUUUUGGCAGGAGGUAUCGCUGGUGCGGUGUCUAGAACAAGCACGGCCCCUUUAGAUCGCCUGAAGAUCAUGAUGCAGGUUCAUGGUUCAAAAUCAGACAAAAUGAACAUAUUUGGUGGCUUUCGGCAGAUGGUGAAAGAAGGAGGCAUCCGUUCCCUUUGGAGAGGAAAUGGUACAAAUGUCAUUAAAAUUGCUCCUGAGACAGCUGUUAAGUUUUGGGCAUAUGAACAGUACAAGAAGUUGCUUACUGAGGAAGGACAAAAAGUAGGAACCACUGAGAGAUUUAUUUCUGGUUCCAUGGCUGGAGCAACUGCACAGACUUUUAUUUAUCCCAUGGAGGUUAUGAAAACCAGGCUAGCUGUGGGCAAAACUGGACAAUACUCUGGAAUAUAUGAUUGUGCAAAAAAGAUAUUGAAGCAUGAAGGCUUGGGAGCUUUUUAUAAAGGUUAUAUUCCCAAUUUAUUAGGCAUCAUACCUUAUGCAGGCAUAGAUCUUGCUGUGUAUGAGCUCUUGAAAUCCCAUUGGCUAGAUAAUUUUGCAAAGGACUCUGUAAACCCCGGAGUCAUGGUGUUGCUGGGAUGCGGUGCCUUAUCCAGCACCUGUGGCCAGCUGGCCAGUUACCCCUUGGCUUUGAUAAGAACUCGCAUGCAGGCUCAAGCUAUGGUGGAAGGAGCCCCACCGCUGAACAUGGGGGGCCUCUUUCGACGAAUAAUUUCCAAAGAAGGAAUAACAGGACUUUACAGAGGCAUCACCCCAAACUUCAUGAAGGUGCUCCCUGCUGUAGGCAUCAGUUACGUGGUUUAUGAAAAUAUGAAGCAAACUUUAGGAGUAACCCAGAAAUGACAUUUUGAACUUUUUGCUCUAGCGUGAUUAUUGAAAUUUUCAACAAUCUCUGGAAUGUCUUUUUUUCCUAGAAAUGCAACAAACCUAUGGCAAAAGCAGCUGUUAUUUUUAUUUCUAUUUUUUUUCACAAAAAGGGAAGAGCAUAUCAAUGAUCACUUCUAACAUUUGGGCUCAAUUUUGUAUACCCAGAAAUGUUAAAAAUCAUAAGUUUUGAAAAUCGUAUGUUAUCUUUUAUUAGUCCUUCUGCAAAUAGAAUCCUAAAUCUAAAAAAAUGUACUUAAAUUUUUAAAAUUUGAACUGAAUUUGUUUUGUGUGGUAGAAUUACAAAUCAUUAAUCUUUAUUUGGUUGGUUCAGGUUUAUGCCAGUUUCUUUAUACUUAAAUGUCUUUUUUCAAAAAAACAAAAUUAUCAGUAAACCUUGAGACUUAAAUUGUUUUAUAUAUUUUGAAUGUCUAUAGAUUUCUUAAAAUUUCCUUGUAGAACCACUUGUAGAAAAUCAUUGCAUUUAAUAUGUACCUUACAACAGCCAAAUAAGCAUAGGGUUUAUAUGCUUGUUUUUCUUUAAGCUGAAUAGGAAUGAAGGUAAAUGGUAGAAUUUGUAAGGAGGAGAGAUGAAAUAAUAUUUAUUUUGGUGAGUAAUUUUAUAUUUUACUAGCACUGUUAUUUGGUUCCUGAAAUAUUACUGUUAAGUUAUCAGCACAAGACAACUUAUUUGAAAGAUUCUGUGGAUUCUGUCAUUGCUUUGAAAAGCAGCAGGAAACAAAACCCUUUUACUUAUAUUAGCUUCUGAAGAGCAUCUCUCUUUUCUUUGUUUCCUACUUUUUGAGUCAGGUUCUGUUUUUUUUUUUUUUUUUUU